AUGUCCUCCAACGUCACCCUCGUCGAUGACUACCUUGCAAAAGGGACCUGGAAGACCGCCGAAAAUGCCAACUCAACCUACUCUCAUCAAGGCCUAAUGCAGUACGUCUCGAACCAAAUCAUUUCCCAGUAUUGGCUCGAAAAGAUCUAUACUCCCGAGAUUCGACAAUUCGACGCCGAAAACCGCUUUCAUAUCCACGAUCUUGGAUUUCUCAGCGCGUACUGCUCCGGCUGGAGCAUCGAGGAUAUUCUGCUUCAAGGAUUUGGUGGCGUCGAGAACAAAAUACAGUGUCGGCCUGCUAAGCACCUCAACACUGCCCUGAAUCAGAUUGUCAACUUUCUGUUCACGCUGCAGGGAGAACUUGCAGGUGCACAGGCUUUAUCGAGUUUCGACACGUACCUUGCACCUUUUAUUCGCAGCGACAACUUAUCCUACACGGAAGUCUUCAAGUGUGUGCAAAGCUUUGUUUACUCGCUGAAUGUCCCAACUCGAAGCGGCUUCCAGGCUCCCUUCACCAACUUGUCGCUCGACUUGAUAUGCCCAGCACGACUUGGUGACCAGUGUGCCAUCAUUGGUGGUGAACUGCGAACUGAAUGGAUUUACAAGGACUUCCAGGAAGAGAUGGACAUGCUCAACAAGGCUUUCGCUGAAGUCAUGAUGCAAGGUGACGGAAACGGCAACAUCUUCUCUUUCCCUAUCCCGACUUACAACAUCUCUGAUGGAAUUGACUGGGACUCACCUCGCUGGCAAUCCAUCUGGAAGAUGACUGCCAAAUAUGGUGUUCCAUACUUUGCAAACUUCAUCAACAGUGAUCUUGAUCCCGAAGAUUUUAGAUCCAUGUGUUGUCGGCUGAGACUUGACCUUAGCAAACUUCACUGCAGAGUUGGAGGUCAAUAUGGUGCCAGUCCACUGACCGGUUCUAUUGGAGUUGUUACCCUCAAUCUGCCCAACCUUGCCUACCGAUCGAAGGGUUCCAAAGAGACGUUCAUGUCUGAGCUGGCUACCACUUUGAGGGUCGCAAAGGACUCAUUAGAGAUCAAGAGGAAACUUGUCGAUGCAAACUCGACUUUAUAUCCUUAUGCUGCGCAUUAUUUGUCAGCAACAAAACAUCGUACAGGGUCAUUCUGGACAAAUCACUUCAGCACUAUUGGAGUGAACGGUAUGAACGAAGCCUUGGUUGAUCUUCUUGGUGAAGGUAUCGGCGAAAGGAAAGACUUUGCUCUCGAAGUUCUCGAUUUUAUCAAGGAUCAACUGCAAGAGUUUCAAAAGGAGACCGGUAACCUCUACAAUAUGGAAGCUAGCCCAGCAGAAAGCACAUGCUUCAAGUUUGCCAAACGAGACAAAGAGCUGUUUCCAGACCGCGACAUCCCAACUUUCUAUACAAACUCCACGAUGUUGCCUGUUGACACUACAGAGGAUCUCUUCGAGGCUAUGAGUCACCAAGAGGAGCUUCAGUGUUCAUACACUGGUGGAACCGUUUUCCAUGCUUUCCUGGGUGAACAACUACCAAACUGGAAGCUUGCCCGAGACUUGAUCAAGACAUUAACUACACGGUAUCGUAUUCCCUACAUAACGCUCACGCCAACAUUCAGUAUUUGUCCUGUUCAUGGAUACCGGGUAGGCGAGCAGCCAGAAUGCACAGCAUGUGGAGAGUUGACACUCGUAUACUCUCGCAUCGUGGGAUACUUUCGUCCCACCCGUGACUGGAACAGAGGUAAGUCGAAGGAGUUUGUGCAACGCAAAGUGUACAAGUACGAGACCGGCCUUCUCCCUGAUACCAACUCUGAGUCUGUUCAGCUUGAGAAUCAGGUCGCUGCGAUUCACGAUCUACCCGUGGCCGGAUUUAUCAAGAGCACUUUGAGCGACUACCCAGGCAAGGCCCAAGCAUCCAUCAUGUUUACCUCUCGUUGCAACUUGGCAUGCCCCUGGUGUCACAACGGUCCACUUGUGCAAGGCGAGUGCGACGACGUGACCUUACUUGAUGUCUUUAAGCACCUCAACUCGACGUCGCACAAGUGCCUGGUCGUCUCAGGCGGUGAACCAACGAUACACAAAGGGUUACUUCAAUUUUUAAGGAUUCUCAAAAAUGCGGGGAUAAGCGUCAAGCUUGAUUCAAAUGGAACAUCCCCUGAUGUUCUCAAGCAGGUCUUUGCAGAGAAGCUCGUCGAUUUCGUUGCGAUGGAUAUCAAGUGCGCUCUUGAGAACUACAAGCGUGUCACUGGUAAAAAGAUUAAGCCAAAGCUUCUCGAGACCAGCAUUGAGCUUAUCAAGAUGAGCGGGGUGCCGCACGAGUUCCGUACCACAGUCGUACCAGAGCUUGUAGACGUGGAAGAUCUUUUCGAGGCGAAGCGACUGUCUGGGGAGAAGUUAACUGUGCAGCGAUUCAGGAACGGCGAUACUGUUCUGGAUCAAAGUUUCAAGGGUCUACGAGAGCAUACUGAUGGAGAGUUUGAUCGAUUGGUUAGUCAGGUGGCAUAG